CUCGCGAAAAACAUACACAAUGCAUCGGCAACAAAAGACAGAAGCUUAUAGAAUCACCAGUGAGGAGUAAACAGCGGCGAAGUGUGCAAGUUCUUUUUAUCAGGUGAUCAGAUAUCAUUUUCAUCAAGAUAAUAAUUCCGUGAUCAUUUCGGCUUGAUUAUCUGGGAGGAUGACAUCUCAAACGAAAGAAGAGUUUCAACCAAAAGAGGACCCUCCAACUACUACAACACCAGAUAAGAAAGUGAAGCAGGAAGCAGUCUGUUGUUUCUGCCCUCUGCGACCAUGGCCGUUGAUUCUGCUUCUAUUGAUCACUCCAAUCAUUGUCUUGGGGAUGUACUCGGCUUUCUAUGAUCCACAAUACGUCUAUGUGAUCGUUGCAUUUGGGGUACCUUCCAAGUCUGGAAAUACCACAGACGUGCAGACUGAGACAGAUGUACCUAAAGCCGAUGCUUCCGUUCAGACAGAAGGUGAGAAGAUUUUCUAUCUACCUUUCGAGAAUCAUUUCCCACAGCCAGCAGAAGAUAAAUCGAGUGGGAAUCCACAUGACACUGUCCAACAAGAUGAUACUCUUCAAUCGAAAAUCUCAUUUCUCCUGCUUGAUUUUCCCUACUAUUAUCGUCUGAUAUUCUAUGGAGACUCUGAUGAGGAUGAAAAAUCGUCAGGGAAAAAUGCUACAAGUUCUGUUAAUGAUGAUACAGGAGAAAUGAGAAGUUCAGUGCACAAUCGACUCCAACCACAAAGAAUUGAUGAGGAGACAUCUCCAGUCGUUGUGAAACUCCAAGAAAAUUCUGCGAAACCUCAGACUGAUUCACAAGGUUCUAAAGGAAGUGAGCCUCCAGUUUCGGAGUCAACUGCACUGGCAAUCAUUGAUCCCUUUCAAGAAAGAUACUUCAGAUACCAAGACGAAUUUUUCAACAUUCCCAACCCAAAUCUCUGUGAAAACUUUGGAGUGAACGUUACAAUGCUCAUCGGUAUUCAUUCGUUUUGUGUUGACUUUGAGAAACGUGAAGCCAUCAGAGAAACCUGGGCACAGCUAUCAAACGACAAAUACUAUAAAUAUGUUUUCUUUCUGGGAUUCCCGAUGUCAAGUAAUAUCAUGAACAAAGUGAUGCAUGAGAGUCACAAACAUCACGACAUCAUCCAGACAUCUUUCAUUGAGGGUGCAAACACUGAAGCUGCACAGAGUGUGAUGUUUUUGAAAUGGGUGUCCAAAGAAUGUCCCAAAACUGAAUGGGUGAUGAAGACUGAGGAUGAUGUGUUUGUCAAUCUGCCUCUUGCUAUGUAUAAAUUGAGCGAGAAGAAUUCUGAGAAAAGAGCCAUCUAUGGUUUUGUAGACACAGGUGAGGAGGGGACUUUGAAGGAUAACCACCACGGUUCUCAUGAAGAUGCUUCCCUAACUACAAGUUUGAGUUCUAAGGAGGAAAAAUCAAAAUACCCUACAUUUGUUGGUGGAGCCGGGUAUAUCCUCCCAGGUUUCCUGGCAGGGGAACUUUAUAAUGCGGCAAGUGACGUACCUACCAUACAGUAUGAAAGUCUUUUUGUCACUGGAAUUCUAGCAGAAAAACUGAACAUUUCAAGAGUCGACAUUCCUUGGUUUGAUGCUUCUUCAGUCACUGAUAUCCCCAGAGACGAUCCCUGUUCCAUUAUGGCUGUAUCCAUCAUAAUCCAUCCAUUCUCAGCUGAUGAUAUGACAUCAUUCUGGAACAUGUUGAGGCAAAAGAAUUUCAAUUGUGGAAGUUUCAAAUUCUUCGCUGGAAAAAUGAGAUCUGAUUACACCCGUCUGAUGUACUCUUCAAGCUUGGAUAAUCCGAAACUGAAUGUGGGCCAGUCGUUCAGUGUUACUCCACACAAGGAAAAUAAGGUGGGGUUAUAACUGUGAAAAAAAUCGAAACUGUGAAACAAGGAGCAAAGACCGAAGAAGAAAUUGAUGAAACAACAGAAAAGCCACAAG